AGGCUCCUGUCGUUGGGUUUUUUCUAGACGGGAUACAGUCUAUGUCAAAGAAUUUCGUAACAGGUUAGGAGAAUAUACCCAGCAGUUUAGGAUAAUUAACGUACCGGGUUAGGAGAAUUAGGUUAAUGUUAUGAAAAAGGGUUACGGGUAGCUAAAAUAGAUUUUUUAUUAUUAUUAUUUUUUUACUUUUGACGUUAAUUUGACAUAAAGUGUAUACCAUCUAGCAGUGACCCGCGCGUCGUCGACUGCAGCCUUGCGUGACAACACCAGAAAAAGGGGAUUCGUGUUUCACAUAAAUAUCCCUAAAUAAACCUGCAAUCAUGGGUGAAUUCCUGAAAUACAUUGACUACGAUCACAAGACCAGUUUCCUGAAGAUGUUGAACCAGCAGAGGAUGGAAGGAGACCACUGUGACGUUGUGGUUGUGGUGGAAAAUGUUGAGUUCAGAGCUCACCGCUGUGUCCUGGCCGCCUGCAGCAUCUACUUCAAGAAGCUGUUUAAAAAACAGAACGAUGUGGACAACUCCAUCGUGGAGCUCGACUUCAUCCGUUCAGACAUCUUCGAGGAGGUCCUCAAUUACAUGUACACCGCCAGGCUCGCCGUCCGCAAAAAGGACAUCAACCUCAUGAUGUCAUCCGGACAGGUCCUGGGGAUCACGUUCCUCGACAACCUGUGUUCACAGAAACGUGAGCCCAACAUGAAGCCGAGUCGUGAGAACCAGGCGCCAGGGGACGGUAUGAGAGCCCAGGACGCCAUCCUCAAAGAGUUGGCCAUGGAGGAGGUGAGGAAGAACAGCUUCUACGAUGGAGGGAUGGAGGCCAUGGGCUCCGGGGGGCCUCACGGGGUCCCUCCUCACUUCGGCGGGAACAUGUCUAAAGACCCCCACAGCGCCCACGGCUGGACCUCCUCUUCCUCCUCCUCCAGCGAUAUGAAGCUUGACUACCUGCUGUACGGCCACCGCUCUGACGGCAUCCACCCGGGAAUGAAACCAGGCGGAGACGGCCCCAAGAAAGACAAGUCCCACCUGGCCCACCGUCCGUUCGCUUGCGAGGUGUGCCCCAAAACCUUUACCACCCAGGCCCACCUCAAAGAGCACCUGAAGAUCCACACGGGCUUUAAACCGCACCGCUGCCUGGUCUGUGGCAAGGCGUUCAUACGAGGUCCCGACUUAAAGCGGCACGAGAGGGUCCACAGCAACGAGAGACCCUUCGGAUGCCAGAUGUGUGAAAAGGCCUUCAAGCACAAGUCCCACCUGCGAGACCACGAGCGGCAGCACAGAGGAGAGAGGCCCUUCAACUGCGGCUCCUGUGAAAAGGCGUUCAUCAAGGCCUCUGACCUGAAGCGCCACUGGAACACGAUGCACAGCCAGCGCAGAACGCUGUCCCCCGCCGCCACCGCCCCGGGCAGCAUCCAGGGAGACGCCGACACGCAGAGCCAGAGGGACUGGAAGCUAGAGGCUGGGCCACACUCGUAAGGACAGACUGUUACACACACACACCAAGCAUACAUAGUGACAGACACACACACACCAAGCAUACAUAGUGACAGACACGCACACACCAAGCAUACAUAGUGACAGACACACACACACCAAGCAUACAUAGUGACAGACACACACACCAAGCAUACAUAGUGACAGACACACACACACCAAGCAUACAUAGUGACAGACACACACACCAAGCAUACAUAGUGACAGACACACACACCAAGCAUACAUAGUGACAGACACACACACCAAGCAUACAUAGUGACAGACACACAUGAAUACACAGCCUGUGAUAUGUAUUGAUGUGUGAUAUCCCGAUGAGAAGACGAAAGGAUCGUAACUUGUCUGUUACUGGCAUGACCCAAUGGACUCUAAUCUGAUCCUGUUGAAUCGUUGAACUACGUAUGUUUUUCAUUUACCCCCCCCCCCCCCCCCCAAAAAAAAAAAAUGUAAUUUUUUUUAGAAUAAUCAUGUAAAACUUUACUUGUCCAUGUACUUCUACGACCAGUAUAUGUUUCACAGGGAAAAACACUUACUAUUUAGACAGAUCGGGGAACGGGGAGGGAGGGUGAGGGGGGGUGUUCUUCUCUAUAAUAAUAAUAAUUAUUAUAUUAUAUUAUAACUUUAUUACACUUCAUCUGUAACAUUUUUAAGUGUUUUUAUUUUUGUUUAUAACCUUCCUGGAUUUUAAGAGAGAGAAGAAGAGAGAGAGAGAGAGAAGAAGAAGAAGAAGAAGAGAGAGAGAGAGAGAGAAAUGAUUCUCUGCAUAAAAUGUGUUGUUCCGUAUAUUCUCCUACAUGUUGAUUGUGUUUUUAAAAAUGGAUGUUUAGUUGUGCUGAUUGAUUGAUAUUUACACUGUACAAGGUAACCAGAGUCACCAUUCUUCAUUUUGAUACAGGUUAAACCAACGUCUUGGGCCUGUUGUUGUUGUUGUUGUUGUUGAUGAUGAUAGACAGCAAGGCUCCCAAGUCAAUUCUGGAAGUUAAAAAGUUAAAAAUCCAAACCUUUUGAUUUGACAAGCAAUGUGAAUCAUUGUCUGUUCACACCUUAGCAGCAUGAAUUCCGACUAGAUUUUACUGUUAUACAGUAUCACUAGCCCAUCAUCAAGAUACCAUCGGAGAGAGAGAGAGAGAGACAGAGAGAGAGAGAGAGAGAGACCACGUCUGUAUAUACUGUAGUGUGACUAGUUGCACAAUUUAAAACAUUUAGAACACAACACCGUAUAUACACAUUUAGCAUUGUUCUCUUACACACUGAAAAAUAAAAAACCAUAUUUGAUGAGUUGA